ACCAAUGGGCGAGCGGAUAGCCGGGCGGGCGGGGCGGGCGCGGCGGAGGCAGCGGCUGCGGCGGGGAGACGGACGCGCGCGGAGAACGCGGGGCAACUGGGCGUACGGACCAUGGCCUCCAAGUGCCCCAAGUGCGACAAGACCGUGUACUUCGCUGAGAAGGUGAGCUCCCUGGGCAAAGACUGGCACAGAUUCUGCCUCAGGUGCGAGCACUGCAGCAAGACGCUGACCCCUGGGGGCCAUGCCGAGCAUGAUGGAAAGCCCUUCUGCCACAAGCCCUGCUAUGCCACGCUGUUUGGACCCAAAGGGGUGAACAUCGGAGGGGCCGGCUCCUACAUCUACGAGAAGCCCUCUGCCGAGAAACCCCAGGUCACCGGCCCCAUCGAGGUCCCGGUGGCCCGAACUGAGGAGCGGAAAGCCAGCGGCCCCCCGAAGGGGCCCAGCAAAGCCUCCAGCGUCACCACGUUCACCGGGGAGCCCAACAUGUGUCCUCGCUGCAACAAGAGGGUCUACUUCGCCGAGAAGGUGACGUCUCUGGGCAAGGACUGGCACCGGCCGUGCCUGCGCUGCGAGCGCUGUGGGAAGACGCUGACCCCGGGAGGGCACGCGGAGCACGAUGGCCAGCCCUACUGCCACAAGCCCUGCUACGGAAUUCUCUUCGGACCCAAGGGAGUGAACACGGGAGCCGUGGGCAGCUACAUCUAUGACAAGGACCCUGAAGGCAAAGCUCAGCCCUAGGCCCCCUGGGCCGCUCUGCGCGGGCCCCUGACCCCAGGCCCACUGCUUGGCUGCGCAGGGAGAGUGCCCGCUGCCCAGGCCGCCUCUGCACCUGCAAGUCCAGGGCCAGAGAGCUGGGGGAGGACCCUAACCCCAGGACCCUGCCCCGUCCCUGUCUCCGGGUGUAUCUGCCUGUGUGUCCCCGACGGCCCGCUGCCCCCUUUCGUCCUGGCCCCACGUGUCACCACGUCGGGGUCUCGUGGCCCCACAUGCCCCUGGUGUCUCUGUGGCCUGGGUGACCUUUCUGAAGUGGCGCCGCCCCCAUCCCGCCCACAGUGUUAUUUAUGCCCCACUUGCCAGUGACAGCCACAGCCACGCCCCCCACCGUGUUCCUCCCGCCUGCCUCGCCAGCGCCCGCCCACCGCCCUCACGUGGCUCACACUCUUGAGUGCUGGGACUUUUGCUACCAAUAAAAGGUCUGAAGGUCAA